AUGGAGGACGAAAAGAGACCAAUGUCUCGCGCUGGAGAGGAUGACGAUGACGAUGACGUCGUUAUGGACGACAAGGAGUCUGUCGGAUCUACUUCGGAGCCUCUUGCUUCCAAAAAUGAGAGUCUUAAUCCUGGAAGUAAGCCUUCAACUCCUGUUCCAAGCCCUAGUCCUAAAGCUCUAAUUGGACUAAGCCUUGGACCAAGUCCUAGUCCAAUUACAAAGACUCCAACACCAACAGCAAGUCCUAGUCCAAUUCCAAAGACUCCUACACCAACAGCAUGUCCAAAAACUGAACCUCCAAGCCCAAAAGUAGGAACUCCAGUACAGAGUUCUAGUCCAAAAGCUACUACUCCGGUUAAAACUCCAAGUCCUAAGGCUACUACACCAGUACCUCCUAGUCCUAAGGCUGCAACUCCAGUAUCUAAAGCUCCAACACCUGUUCCAAGUCCUAGUCCUAAAGCUGAGACUCCAAUACAGAGCCCAAGUCCAAAAGAUUCAAUAGCAAGUCCAAAAGAUCCAAUAGCAAGUCCAAAAAUAGGAACUCCAGUACAGAGUCCUAGUCCUAGUCCUAAAGCUAUGACUCCUGUUCCUAGUCCUAGUCCUAAAGCUAUGACUCCUGUUCCAAGUCCUAGUCCUAAAGCUACAACACCAGUACCUCCUAGUCCAAAAGCAGUGACUCCUGUUCCAAAAACUCCAACACCAGUAGCAACUCCUGCUCCAAGUCCUGGUCCAAAAACUCCAACUUCAACACCAAGUCCUAGUCCAAAAGCAGUUACUCCAAGUCCCAGUCCAAUUCCAGCAACAGAGGACUUGAAAAGCGACCAAGAAGAGCAAUCCAGAGCCUCUUCUAGGUCAGCUAAAUCUCCUACCAAGUCUCCAAACUUAUUAGAGCCAGGAUCCAGGUCUGUUACUCCAAGCCCUGAGAUCAAAGGAUUUGACAAUGGAAAACCUAGACCACUUACUCCUUCAGUUCCUGCUAGUCCUUCACCAAAACCUCCAGAGUCUCCGGUUCUAUCGUCACCCAAGACACCCAGUACUCCUGUAGCGGCUUCUGCGAAGAAGCCGCCAGCCACACCGAAAAUUCCCGGAACUCCUAAAGAGGAGAAGAAGAAGACUACUUUUGCGGAAGAUACUAUAGAUGAUGAAGGGAACAGUGGGAAAGCUACGAGAGCUGGAACUCCAGCUGUUCUCGACAAGCCUGAUCCUCCUGAUGCUAAAUCUAUGAAGCGGUCUCCUUCUGGACGAUCUAUCAAAUCAGAAGCUGCAAGCGAAAAUGGAGCUACGGGAAAUGGACAACCCUCGACGAAUGGAGUAGCAGUCUCGCCGACGAAAAAAGUACCGGCAAAACCAAAAACUGUUGGCUCGCCUAUUAAAUCACCGAGUAAAUCUAUCAAGUCGCUACCGAGGACUCCGGAAGCUGGACCUCCGUCGACUACCGAGAAAAAAAAACUACCGAUGAACAAAGUUCAAGUCGGCGCAGCACCCUCGCCAAACCUGAAAACAGUCCGUUCAAAAAUAGGGUCCCUGGAGAACGCAAGCUACAGACCUGGAGGAGGUAAAAUAAAAAUUGAGAACAGAAAGCUGGACUUUAGCAACGCCCAGCCGAAAAUUGCCGCUAAAAAUGAUAAAUAUAUGCCGAGUGGAGGCGACAAAAAGAUAACUCAAGUGAAACUACAGUGGAACGCUAAACCAAAAGUCGGAUCACUCGAUAACGCAACUUACAAGCCCGGCGGCGGUGAUAAAAAAAUAGAAACUAUCAAAGUUGACUUCAAAGACAAAGCCAAGCCGAAAGUCGGCUCCAAAGAUAACGCUAAGCACGUUCCAGGUGGCGGGACUGUCAAGUCGGGUGCGACGACGCCCAAGACACCCCAGGAGUUUUCCGACAAUAUCGAGACACAGAAGAUCGAUAUCAAAGCGGAGAGUAAAAUCGGCUCGAUGGAUAAUAUGAAACAUAAACCAGGAGGCGGUGAUAAAAAAAUCUUCGACGACAAAGAUUACUUACGGCAAAUGGGGGGUGCUUCUAAUGCACAGAGUGUCAACGGUAGUGGUACUCAGAGUCCUGUACCAUCAUUCUGUACCAGCGAUGGGAACAAUGGUCUGCCCACCUCGGACGAGAAUCUCAACCAGGAAUACUAG